CGCCGGGGCCAAGGGGAAGACGGCGGGUGCGGGCGGCACUGAUGGCGGCAGGGCACUCACCACCCGACCAGGAGCCCAGAGGCAACGACAGCGCACCCGGCCCGCCACGAGAGGAGCAAUGGCGGCAGCGGGGCCGGCGUGGCCGGACAGUGGGAAGGGAAAGAUGGCGGGGUCGGCGGCAGCAAUCUGGCCAGCACUCUGGGAGGCGGGAGGGAAGAGGAUCGAUUGUAUCAAACAUCCUGUUGCUGCCUCUUACAGCCUAUAUGCUUUGCAGUGUCUCUCUUUUCACUUUAAAGUAAUAACCCUCUAUGCUAACAUGCUAACAUGAGAAGCACUGUGGCUCAAGCUGCCCUGGAAGACACACAGCCUGCCUGAGCACACAUUUACCUGAAGCCUCACCGAGCACUGUGGCUUUACUUCCAAGUAGGUGCGCAUGGGGCUCGGACUGCUCUCUGGACGUUAAGCUUUACAAGCCUCGCGACGCCGCGGUUUCCCGGGCAGGUGCCCAGGCUGCUCUCCUCCCUGCACGACCCACCCACUUUCUCCAGGCACGCUCCCCGUUCCAGCAGGCAGAGCCCGCUCUGAAUAAGUAACGAGUUGAGGGCAGGCGAACGAGCACGGGUUCACCAUCUCCAGAAGACUGGGGCGUUGCAGCAAGCCGUGCCGCUGGACUGCAACCUGCACCCCUUCAAACCGGGUUCCUGGGUCUGGAUCCGGAAUUUUCGAAAAGACUCUCCACUCCAGCCGCUUUGGGACGGGCCUUACCAAGUGCUUCUGGUUACCCAUACAGCUGUGAAGGUCGCGGAGAGGAGUGCGUGGAUACAUCAUGUCCACAUGAAGCCUGCCGUUGUGGACCAGAGCCCCGUGGUGCCCCCUAUCACGCUGAGGAGACAGAAAAACUCUGAACACUGGAAUAUAGCCUGUCUGUUCGACCCCCAGGAUGAGUCGCCUGUACUGGGGACUGGUUCUGGUUAUCAUUUGCAUGGGGAGUGCAGGGGCGGUGAGACCCUGGGCGAGAAUCCUGUACAAGUGCCAAUGUCCCAAAGACAAGAUCAGAGACUCCCUUCGUAAGUCUGAAAUGAGAAGAAUUAUCAAAUACAUCCACCGCCCCAGCCAGGGAUCCUGCACUCGUGAUGAACUCAUUCUUGAAUUAACUCGCCCAAAUGUCUUUGUCUGUCUUUCCCCUGUUUCCACCAUGAGAAAGUGGGUGGUGGAUUGGCUGGCUGACAAAGGGGGGAGGGCGGGAGACCCUGUCCCCAAUAAGAAAAAACUGUCACUCGAGUGGAAAUUGGUUGUUCAUUCCCCCACUGUUUUGCCCACUUCUACUCCACCAGGAACGGAGGGAGCACAACUGGAGGAAUUCCAGUACUCCCUCAAACAUCAUUUCUUUUUAGAAAUUGCAGCCACUGCCUUAAAUACUUCUGAUUUCUGUGUAGCUCACACCCUUUCAGUGGGAGAGACUUACGCAACCUGCAUGUAUGGUCUGCCUGGUUCCCCCGAGGACCUCCUGCGGGAGGGUGGUUUUAUCCAGGGGGGAGUGGAGAACAUCAGUGCUUCAGCCCUAGGGCCAUCCAGGCCAAAUCCCCACACCAACCAAAGAAAAGCCCAAGUAGGUACAUUGGGAAACGCUCAAAACCCCACUAAAUGCCUGCUGCUAUCCAACCACACAUUGCCAGAAGAUCCUCGUAGGGGAGGGCCAGAUUUGAACAACCCAGAAGUGCCUUUUUCUUUAAAUUGUUCCAGGAUUCAAAAUCUUCAUUCCUCCCUGUUUGAUGUGUAUUUGCCAUUGGGUUUUUUCUUGCUGUGUGGACACCAGGCUUAUACCUAUAUCCCUGCCUAUAGUCAAGGGGGGCCAUGUGCCCUCGGGCGCCUGACUUCUCUCGCAGCCUUGCCCUCCCGAGAGUCUAUACAGAGGAUUCUUGCACAGCCCCAUAGGACUAGAGGAGACUUGGGCAAGGAGGAGUGUGAGGGAGUCGUGGCUUACAUGCCUCGCCUGCUGACCCCUGCUGAGUACAUUGCCCUAGCCUCCUCAAUCGUGGGACUGCCAGGCUCCAACAUCCAACUGCACCAGUUAAUAAAUGGGCUAGCAUGUCUUUUACAGCAGACAGUAAAUAAGACCUCAGAGGCUAUUGCCCUUUUGAUGGAAUUGCUGGACCAAGUUAGAACAGGGGUUCUGCAGAACCGGGUGGCCAUUGAUUACUUACUGUUAAAAAAUAAUUAUGGUUGUGAACAUUUUGAAGGGUUAUGUUGCUUUAACAUCACAGACAACAAAGCCCCUCUUGAAAAGAAGCUGAAGGAACUGCGGGAGGUUACAAAAACUCUAGUCAUAGAGAAAGAGGGGUGGUGGUGGAAAAGUUUCUUUUCUUGGUUGCCAAAUCUCUCGUGGCUUCGAAAUCUUGUGAUAAGUAUUAUAAUCAUUGUUUCACAAGCGCUAAUGGGAUGCUGUUGCUUUCAGUGUUGCUGUAAUCUGUUGUCUAUGAUCCCUAAGGCAAGAUUUGGGGACCACGUGUCUCCUGGUCUCGUCAUGCUGACCAGAGAAGAGAUAGCCGAGAUGAAGGAGCAAAACAGCAUGCUAUAUAAGGAGGUAGCCCCCCAAAAUCGGGGCGGCCGCCUUCCCUUUGAGCUCUGUGUUAUUGCAAUAAAGUUUGAUUUGAAAUUCUGA